AUGGGCACCAGGCAGACCAAGGGCUGCCAGCCGGGCAGCGCCGGGGAGAGCCCCCCGGCCCAGCACCGCAAGAAAGCACCCCCCAGGGAAAGGGGAGACUUCCUCGCCUCCCUCGUGGUGAAGUCUGGUGAGAAGUUGGGGAAGGGCGGUGGCAGCAGCUUGCCCCCUUACCACCGGCGGAUCUGCAUGAUCCAGGAUAUGCUGUUGCUGGUCAAACAGGGGAAGCAGGAGGAGGCCACGGAGCUGCUGAGACACCUGCGGCAGGAUUUAGGAAUGGAAUCGACCUCUCUGGAUGAUGUCCUCUAUCGAUACGCCAGCUUUCGAAACCUGGUGGAUCCAAUCACUCAUGACUUGAUCAUCAGCCUUGCUAGAUACAUCCACUGCCCCAAACCGGAGGGGGAUUCCCUCGGGGCCAUGGAGAAGCUUUGCCGGCAGCUCACCUACCACCUCAGCCCCCACUCGCAGUGGAGACGCCAGGGCAUCAUGAAGAGGAAGCCGCAGUCCUG